CACUGAUUUUCAGCCUCGCCAAACCCUCAGCCUUGUCCCGAAGCAGCACGUGCAGAUUCACGUGAUAUCGGUUUGCCUCAUCGAUCAACGACCACUCUUCAUCAGGGUUUACUUCUCAUCCUUUUUGAGACCUUGGGCGAUGCUUCAGCUUCUGUAAAGACGCAUCUACGUCGAGAGCGAGAUUCUGUAUUUGAGCUGAUGUGUGCUUCUGGAAAGUUGAUCAAGCCUCUACUGCUCAAGACGCCGGACGUCCUAUCACUGCCUCAACCAUCGCUAUAUCCCCCAAGAUCCAGGAUACCUUCAAGUUCAUCAGGAUGACAGACUCAUGCGAGCACAAGCGAACGAUCGGCUGUGCGUUAACGGCCUUGCCAGGAUGUUGUGCUUGUGCAGAUAAACGACCACUCGCCACUGCCUAUCCUGUCUACAUCGAUGGCCAAGGCAUGAAACUUCAAGGCAAGCGCUGGGCGCGUUAUUGCUGGAAAUGUCGAGAUUAUUGGAAUCUACGAUCAGAAGCCGUACCCAAUCUCUCGUUACCCGUCAACCCAGAGCUCGUACAGGCAAUGCGACCAUUACCUCGUUCUGCAACCUCAGUCAGAGAAAGCAUGCCCUUUCACCAAUCUCUCCAAAGUGGCAGGCAGAACACGUCCUGGUCUUUCGAUGGAGUGGCCGAUCUUCGACAGAACGCUGGCCACGAGCUGAAUCCAACUGAACCACAACAUCCCACCUCCAUACGCUCAAAUCCAAUCUCGGACCCAUCAAGAACCCGGAGAGUCUUACCUUUAGAUCUCACCGUACCCCAAAUCCACAGCGGAAUCACGCCUGCUACAACUACAGACCAGCAUGGGACAACAUCCAGAAGGCGACAUCGCCAGCACCCCAAUCCGUUCGGCACCCGAGAAGAAAUUGAGUCGGCAGAUUACUCUAGUCCGGUAGCGGACUUGUUUGGUAGGGCCUGGAACCGCUAUAGAGAAGUCCAAGAAGGCAACCGAGCAAGAAGGACCGAGGAAGAAGAACGAAGAAGAAACGGUGAUGUCAGCCUGCUCGGAACUGCUCCACCACAGGACAACGAGGUCGAUCUCCAUUCGGAAAUGGCGUAUCAGCUGGCCCAAGCUACGGUAUCGCGAGAAAGGAUACGAUUGAUCGCCAUGGAAGAAACCUUACGUCAACGUGAUAUCUUGCAACAAACACCACGCGUCAACCCCAUAGAUCACCAGACCUCACGCCCGCCUCCCCUGACAGCGGAGGAGAUGAGGCUUGACAUGGCUUGCAAGAUAUGUUGUGAGCAAAAGGUAGAUACGCUGUUGGAGCCGUGCAUGCAUCUGGCUAUAUGUCACUGGUGUUCAGAAAUUGUCCGGCAACGCGCCCAUCAACGCCGGCGCGAGCGUAUUGAAGCCAUGGCUACGACUGGCGACGACCGGCAUAAAUGGAGAUGUCCUAUCUGUCGCCGUGAUGUCAUGCAGUCUCGGAGAGUGUUCCUGGCUUGAAGAAUGAGCAGAACUGGUGUAUUGUGUGAAAGGGAGGCCAGGAACGUUUUGGAUGAUACGUCUAGAUGUGAUGACCAACAUCAGCAAGGAGUUUUGAGGGACGGUCUCGGGA